CCCCACCUCAACAUGGCCGCCUAUCCCUCCGACGAAGACUAUGCGCAUCUGCAGAAGCUGUCGAGCGAGUACGAGCCCGAGGCCACCGGCCCACUUGUGGGCGAACGCCAGAGCAGCGCCGCCAUCACGACGCAAUAUGCCACGGCAGACCCCGUCUUCCAGGUCAAGACGGCGGCGCUGCCUGCAAAGUAUGCCUACUUCCGCACCUGUCGUGGCGAUGGCCACUGCGGAUGGCGGGCAAUCGCCUUCACCUACUAUGAGGCCCUGCUGCGCCUGGCCGACGUGAACAAGUUUGACGAGGAAGAAGCCCGUCUGAACUCGCUCGGCAAUCUCCUUGACCACAUUGGCUAUUCGCGCGACAUCUGGAUUGAUUUCGCCGACGAGGCAUUCGAGCUCUUGCACAAGCUGGCCAACUCACUGCGCAGCAUGGAUGGCCAGGCUGCCGACAUCCUGCUCCGCACCUUCAACGACAUGGGCGAGUCCAUGGCAAUCAUCACCUACAUCAAGCUUCUGGCCAGCGCCUGGAUACAGACGCAUGCAGACGACUUUGUCCAUUUUAUAGACAAUGGCGACGUCAGGGGAUACUGCGCCAACAACAUUGAGCCCACGCAAUGCGAAGCUGACAAUGUCGGCAUUGCCGCCCUUGCAGAAGCUCUCGUCAAGCCCGCCGGCUUUGGCAUCGAAGUGUGGUAUCUAGACCGCUCACCAGGCGAGGAGAUCAACCGCAGCUACUACUCGGAACCAAUAGACGCACAUCAUCGCCCCAUCGCCGGUGCCCCUAUGCUGAGGCUACUCUACAGGCCUGGCCACUACGAUAUUCUGUACAAAGCCGAAGACGUGGUUCAAGUCCAGCACCAGCCUGUCCCUCAGCAACAACCACUCCACGUGGCCAUAGCCAACUACAAUGACGAAUUCAUUCCGGCUGCAGCAAACGUUGGCGACGUCAUGAACAUGAUCCCGGGAAUAUAUCCCUCAGGCAUGGGCCCAGGCCAGCGAUGGCCUUCACUGUCAUACGACUUCAGCCCCAGCCCCGCUUCUCACGCUCAGGUUACGCCUGUCCAACCGUACGCUCCAACGCCAACGCCAGUAACUCCGGUCAGCAACUCACACUUGGACUUUGUCACACCCAUCCACACAGCCAAUGCGAGUCAGUACAACCCGCCGAGUCACCACAACAUCCACCUCGAACAACCCCUGGUGACACUCCCAAUACACCCUCCCCCGCCCCCUGUGAGCAUCAACCAAGCCGCCCCCAUGGGCGUUGAACGAGGCGGUCCGUUUAGGCCAUCAAUGUACGAACUGGAGCCUGGUUUCGGGUCUGCGAUGCAAGUGCAGCAGUUCCAGACGUCAAUAUUUCGCAAUUCUCACUUCAAUACGGCGCACUUUAUGAACCCAGACUUUGAACCCGAACAGUGGUGUCCAGAGGGCGAGUAUGCCACGGGAAACAAAGGCCGGCACAAAUGACACUCGUGAGCAUGUCAAUUUAUACGGUUUCGGUUUGCUUGCGCGCUUCUCACGGCUUUUCUCCAACAUGUUAGCGACACCUUGCUCACAGCCAGCAUCUUCCACCAUGCGGUCUUUCCACACUGACGACGAAUAACGACCAACACCUGUUACUCUCUUUCGGACCAAUCAUCAGUUAUCUUUACACAUGGAAAAGCGACGGCACUCUGAGUGCCUAUAUACGGGGUUGUUUUGGGCAUGCAUCUGCUUUUACACUAGCAUCCAUCCACUAUCUAUUGUUUCUUCCAGCGAGGGCGGAGUACUGUACCUUCUUUCUUCCCUACCAGCCAACCCCGCAAGGAUUCACGACUGUGAUGAAUACCAAAGACUAUCUGCCUCAGGGUGAUCGACUUUAGAGUUGAACAUCUUUAUCAUGGCUCUCUUGUUUCUUCUCUC